AAAGACUUCCCUAGUCACUGGUAUAGUUGCUACACAUCAUGGAGGAAUUCCAGCUCUAAGUAUGCCGAUGACUUCUUCCUCGGUAUGUCCCUCGCCCUCUUGAGACAUCUUUAUUCUCACUCGCUUUGCUAUAGAGGCCACUGAGGCCAUCAAAGCUGCGCACAACAUACAAGAACCCCCAAAUGUUAUCGAGUCUCGAUCAAGGAAAAGACGGCGCAUCGAACAAAUGGAAACGAAUCGACCGGUUGUACCAAGUUGCUCUCCAAGCCAUGCCAACCGGGGCUCAGACACCUGGGAAGCCUCGUCGGACGACGAUAAUGGCACUAGACCAGCAAACUCAGGAUCGAUCGACACUUCUUUGCGACAUAGUCCUAAACAGAACUGUCAGUCUCAGGCAGCUGCUAGCAAUACUGCACCAACGUUUUCAACUGUACCGGCCACAACUCCUUCGCCCGUGAAGUACACCCUUGCCUAUGUGUACAAGGCUGAGAUGGCGAACUUUUUUACUUCACUAUUUAUCGAACGGUUGCAAGGCACACCGGCAUGGGGUAUUGAUAGAACCACCAGUUGCAUACGAGUACAUGCAUUGGAAGACGCUGUUGAGUUUGAAAUUGAUUGGGGACACCCUACGGCACCUUCAGCAAGGGACGUGUUUCAGCAAGAGGCCUGGGGAGAAGUGGCCAUGAAGGAGGUUACCCAACUAACGAUACGGGUACCGUUCAACAAGGGACAAGACGUCAUCCAGAGGCUUUGUUAUCCAUCCAUUGUUACUCAGUAGUAAACUUCACAUCCAUCUCGUACACCUCAACAACGGUUGUUGCGGGUACCGAUGCGUGGCUAUUUUCUUCGAGUUCCGCAUCAUAUGUUUUGUCGCCAAUUACGAUCUUGCUCCGCCCUGGCAUCCUUCGAGAUUUCCAAUAUAAUGUAACGUCUUUGUCGAAACUGACUUUGGCAAUUACGAUAAAGACGAAAACUCCUGUUUUGGCAACGUCCAACUUUUUAACGUCAGCUAGAAAUCGAAGACGAUUU